UCAGUGAACGCAUCACGAGCAGUGAGGCUGGGCUGUCCGCCACUUUCCAUCCUCAGCAUCAUUCCGCACGGACGGGCCGAGGACCUCCCAUCGUUGUCAAGGCGCAAUCAAGCUGGAGCCGGCGGUGACGUCGGGUCCCCACGCCGGGCAGCAACCACCGGAGUGGAGCGGUGCCGAGCGGCAGCCUCCGCCCUGGACCGACGAGCUGGCAGACAUGUCCCGGCACAUCUACGGUAGACACGGGCCAACGGACGCAACGCACAAGGCGGCCUUCCAGGUGAACGGAGCUACCUACUCCAGGAGGAGUCGACUGAAGCGAUCGGAUGGCAGCACCACAUCUACCAGCUUCAUCCUCAGACAGGGUUCCGCCGACUCGUACGCGAGCCGACCAUCCGACUCGGACGUUUCCCUGGAGGAGGACAAAGAGGGCGCCAGGCAAGAGCGCGAGCAGCAGGCGCAGAUCCAGCUGGAGAGGGCCAAGACCAAAGCGGUGGCGUUCGCCGUGAGGACAAACGUCAGCUACUGUGGAGCUCUGGACCAGGAUGUCCCCGUAGGAGGCACCGCUGUCUCCUUUGAUGCCAAGGACUUUCUCCACAUCAAAGAGAAGUACAAUAACGAGUGGUGGAUCGGUCGCUUGGUGAAAGAAGGCUGUGACGUGGGCUUCGUUCCGAGUCCUCUCAAGCUGGAAAACAUUCGGCUGCAACACGACACCAAGCGAGGACGCUUCCAAGGCGGUCACAAGUCCAGUGGGAACUCGUCGUCCAGUUUAGGAGACAUCGUGUCCUUCAAGGGCACACCAAACAGUGCAGGAAAGCUGAAACAAAAAGUGGCGGAGCACGUGCCCCCGUAUGACGUGGUCCCCUCCAUGAGGCCAAUGGUCCUGGUGGGCCCGUCGCUUAAAGGCUACGAGGUAACGGACAUGAUGCAGAAGGCGCUCUUUGACUUCCUGAAGCACAGGUUCGACGGCAGGGUCUCCAUCACCAGGGUAACGGCUGACAUAUCCUUGGCCAAGAGGUCAGUACUAAACAACCCCAGUAAGCGCGCCAUCAUUGAGAGGUCCAACACCCGCUCCAGCAUCGCCGAGGUGCAGAGCGAGAUUGAGCGCAUCUUUGAGCUGGCGCGUUCGCUGCAGCUGGUAGUGCUGGAUGCCGACACCGUCAACCACCCAGCGCAGCUCAUCAAGACCUCCUUGGCGCCCAUCUUGGUCCACGUCAAAGUGUCCUCUCCCAAGGUCCUCCAACGUCUCAUCAAGUCUCGAGGCAAAUCUCAAAGCAAACACUUGAAUGUGCAGCUGGUGGCGGCUGAAAAACUUUCCCAGUGUCCUUCUGAGAUGUUUGACAUCAUCCUGGACGAGAACCAGCUGGAGGACGCAUGCGAGCACCUGGCCGACUACAUGGAGGCGUACUGGCGAGCCACGCACGCCCCCUCCAUUAACACUACGCCGGGACGCAACCUGAGCUCCACCGCGCUCUCGCCAUAUCCCGCCGUCAUUCAGGCCCAGCGUAAGCGCAACAUCAACCCGAACGCAGAGUCACCAGUGGAGCGUCGCAGCCUGAUGCCGGCUGACCAGAACCUGCAGAACGAGCGCGCCAGGAUGAGUCUUCGCCGGUUGUCGUCGGGUUCCCAGCACAACUGCGACCAGUCGCCUCUGGUGGAGGAGGACCUCUUCCUUCAAGAUCCGUACCAGGACGCUUACCAGCCUCACCGCAUGAUCUGAACCCAUCUCCAGGAAGCAAAUGACAGACUGGAUGAUGAUAGUGAUGUCCUAGAGAUACUAUUUAUUUUGUUAGCAAUAUAUUGCAGAGCUUUUUUUGUAUUGUAAUAUCAAUAAGUACAGCAAUGUGAUUAUGUU